AGAAGAGUUACCAACUACAAGUGGCUUUUACUGCUACAACAAAUUAGUUGCUUUAGGCAAUGGUGCUAGUGUCCGAUGUUGCUACGAGUCCUCUAGUACAUUAGUGGGAAACUACCAUCUGGGGGUUGAUUACUCUGAUCUGGGGCUUGUCAUGAGGUACUCUCCAAACAUAGAUGCACAGCUGCACCAUGAACAUGACUACCUCCCAUACAAACUCUGCUGUGAGGAUGUUAAGAUGACAUCAUAUUGUGAUCGCUAUAUUGAAAAGCGGCCACUUGCUAAUAGUUUGGCGUACAAAUAUUUGGAACAAGGUUAUAUUCUUGGUGGUCCACAUUACAGUACCCUUGAUGCGUAUGAGUAUACAUUUAAUGGUUAUGGUGAAUACAUGCUUCUUUGGUCCAAAACUGGGGCCCUUGUUGACAUUAUGCUGCAGAUAAGGACCUCCAUUGCAGACACUGUGCAUCCUGAUGGCAAACAGGCUGUGUAUAUCAGUGGUGUGGCAGGGAGAGUGGGUGAUGGUCCACGUCUGCAAGCCUACCUCAGCUCAGAUGCUAUGGAUGUCGAUGUGGUCGUAGAUGAAGAUGUAUAUAAACCCGGAGAUGUCAUCCAUGGAGCUGCUGUUGCCAAAACCAAUGGCAGUGUAGUGUUGGCAUUUGCAGGAGACAUCACAGUGAUUGCUGAGGCUAAGAAUAGAGCUUUAGCAUUGACUUUACAAGUUCCUUUGCUUCUGCAGGAGAGUUAUUUCAGAGGCCUCAUGGGCAAUUUCGAUGGUGUGGACGACAAUGAUAUUGUUGACUCUCGUGGUGCAUUAUUUGAUACACACUUGUUGAGUAAUGAAGAUAUCUACAGGUUUGGAGAAAGUUGGUCCCUAAGAUUUGUGUUUGGGCCUACAAAUGCUGCAAAGGGCACUUUAUUCAGCAUAUAUCCUCAGGAGCCUGACAAUGCUAACAGCUACUUCAGACCUGACUUCAACCCAUACAUCGUUGACCCAAUAACAUUGAGUGCUUCAGAGUUGGCACACUGCGUUUUAUAUAACAACACACCAGUGUCCAAUGCAUGUUUAUUUGAUAUGAUCAUGUAUGAAGACCCAUUGGCAGCAUCAAGGAUCAGUAGCCAGAAUGAGGCAUUUGAUUCUAUCAAUGAAAGAUUAAGUGAUGGACCACCCAUCUUUCUAACAGUCCUUGAGAGAAUUGAGGCCAAGGCAAACCAAUUGAUGUUUAUUCCACUAGCUGCCUAUGAUCGUUAUAGCCAACAGGUUUCAAUCACUGUAUCUCUGACAAGUAACACUGGUGAAGUGGACAGGAGAGAGUUAAUAACUAAUGAGAGCCCAUCAUCACCUGGUGCAUAUGAAGCGACCUUUCAGUGGCUACCUGGCUCAGAUAUUGUGCAGCUAGAGAUCAUAGCAACAGAUUCUAGUGGCCUGUAUGAUGUCAUGCGUCCUACUCUAAUACUGUGUGCGUGCAACCAUGAAGGCCUUUGUCACUAUGAUCUACCAAAGGGUGGUGAGGGUACAUUUAGAUAUGCCUCCUGUCAGUGCUACAAUGGUUGGUCUGGGGAGUCAUGCUCUGAUGACUUGGAUGGCUGUGCGACAUCUCCAUGCUUUGGAGGUUGUAAGGACCGUACACCAAAGGAAGUGAGCGACAGUGCCGAUGGUUUAGAAUUCCU